AUGGAGACCUCGACGAUGAAUGUGAGCCCGCCACUGGCGCUGCCUUUGCAAAGUUGUUUCUGGCUGGGUCUGCGUCUUGCACUGGGUUGGCUGACCGUGGGACGUGGGUGGACAAAGCCCGACGACCGCAUGCUCGACGGCCCCGAUGUCAUGGCAAGUCCCGGGCCGCUGAAGAUCAUAUUCAUGGUACUGGUCCUGACGGGGAACGGGAACACACUGGAUGGUUUCCACAAACUCUCCCUCCUCCCUGGGUCUCAACUCGAGCUCCCCAGUCUGAUUAUCCCGUCUCUCUCCUCUGCAUCCUUUCCCACCCCUCCGGUGCGCCUCUCUCAGUCACUUACUCACUCGCUUCGCUCUCCUCUUGCCGCCUCGACCUGUAUCAGACAGCAGCCGCAGCCGCAGCACCAGCACCAGCACCAGCACCAGCAGUUCUCAACACCCGCCGACGCCGACGCCGAUGCCGACGCCGCCUUCGCCGCUGCCCAGAACGCGACGCCCUUUUCCCCUUCCCACAAAGUACCUCCCCUGUGCCUGUGCCUGUACCAGGAUCCACCCCACCACAAGCAUCCAGAUCUCGGAAGCUUCUCUGCAAGCCCUGCCGCUACCGACCACGCCCACUCCCACGCAACCCUCAACUUGCUGAGACGAACUAGGAAGCUCUGCGCUGCAGCUGCUCGCCGUUUCGUUCAAAAUGUCAAUAAAGUACGUUCCUCCAUGUUCCCUUUCCUCCUAUGCUCUCCGUCUGUUUCCCCUUCAUCUUCCCGUCAUCCCACGCCGCCCGAGCCCCAGCACCACGGAGCCAUCCCGGUCAGUGUCCGUGGUACCCCGCCGCCAACCUCAACCUCUUCUCUUCUCGUCUCGGCUACCACCCCACACUCGCCGUCCACCAUGACGGAUCAGUAUCUGCAAGAGCAGCAUGCCCUCACUAUUGCCCGCACCGUCCAGAGAGAACGACAGCUUGCCCAAGCCCGCCUAGAUUCUGACCAUGGCGAUAGUUGGGUCAUGAUCACCCAGACGGGUGAUAUCAACCCUCUUCCUCACGAACACAUCAGACACAGAUCCAAUGCCAAGGUCAGUCUUGAGCUGUCGGUACCCAAGGCCUUACAGCAAGGGAGGACGCCCUUUGCGCGCAAGAGCGACAAUGGCACGGCAUACAUCACAACACAGCGGGUCAUUUACAUUCCUGCAAAACCUACCCCCGAGUUCAAGUCGUUUCAUGCGCCAAUUUUGAACUGCGCCGAUUCGUACGUUGGCUCACCAUUCUUUGGCGCCUGGUUCUGGUCUGCCACUGUCGUGCCGGUUUCUGGAGGCGGCGUGCCUGCCGACAUACCACGGGUCGAAGUAAAGCUGAGCUUCAAGGAGGGCGGCCACAGCGAGUUCCGGCAAAGGUUCGAGGAGCUCAAGGAACGCCUCGAGCAUGUGAGGCGUCUGCAGCAGGAGACGGGGCAGGCGGUCAACAUUCCGGACGAGCCGCUGCCGGCCUACGAAGCGACCGAAGGCGGCGGAGUGGCUCCGAGCACCAUCGCACCGCAACAGCAGGAAGAGCCGGCGGGCCGGCCUGCGAGUUCGGGGGGCCAGAAUGCGAACCGACGUCCGGACGAACCCCCACCGAAUUAUGAUGAGGCGCAGGCACAGACGCUCAGCAUGCGACUCGAGGAUCACGUUCGCGAAGAGUCUGACAGAGCAUAG